AUGUCAACUAGACCAGGAAGUGCAAUCUCUGUCAUGCCAGACUGCAUAGAGUGGGAGGGCAAGUCCAUCCCACAUGGUCUGCUGUACGUGCCGGGGCCCGGCGUGUGCUCGUUAUGUGUGUGCUACCACUCUGAGCCGAUGUGGUGCAAGGCUAUCUACUGCGAUCCACCCUAUUUCUGCAAGAACUUCCGCGUAGGCGAGCGGUGUUGCGAGUUCGAAUGCCUGGACCCACCAGGCGAGGACAUACGGUACCGCGAGCGGCAGCGGCUGCGGGCGCUCAUACUCGCCGGCAACUCUUCCGCGCACCACCUCAUACCGUCGAAGGAGCUUAAAUACGGCAUGUCGAUACUCGCCGUGGCUGUUGCUAGGCUUGUCUGAGUGUAAACUAGCCAGUAAUGGCUUCUCCAAACGUCACCGGUCACCGAUAUCGCAUGCGAUUUCCGAUACAUUCCUGCAAUGGUCGAUUGAAUUCGAUGCUCCUGGCAGCAAAUAUCUAAAAUCGGAUGCAUUUGUUGCAAGGUCUAUA